AUGUUGCUAAUCAUCGCAGUGGCCCUCCUGGGCUGGACCCUGUACAGCGUCUUCUGCCUGGUCGGGAACAUCCGCCGUAUCCAGAAAAUCGGCAUUCCUUACCACGUCAUUCCCUGCAGCCCCGUCAAUCCGCUCUGGAUUCUGCUCGAGCCUCUCAUCUUCUUCAUUCUUGGUCUCCUCCCGUUUGAAUUCGGUCGCAUCAAACACUAUGGUCGCCGUACCUGGCAGUUUACCGACAAGGCCCAGUCGCAUAUGCGAAUGGGCGAUGCCUGGGCGAUCGCAACUCCCAACGAGAUCUUUGUCUACAUCUGCGACGCCGAUGCUAUUACCGACAUUAUUGCGCGUCGCGCGGAUUUCGUGCGCCCAAUUGAGCUCUUCACCCUGCUCAAUGUCUUCGGUCCAAAUGUUGCAACGACCGAGGGCGCCGACUGGCAGCGCCACCGCAAGAUCGUCGCCGCUCCCUUCAACGAAAGCUUGAACAGCUUCGUCUGGCGCGAAGCCCUCACUCAGGCGCAGAGCAUGCUGACUACUCGAGCCACGGCCGGACCCUCCGGUGGACUGGGUACUGACACACGGACUCUGGCGCUCAAUGUUCUCGCAGCAACCGGUUUCAAACGGUCAACGCGCUUCCAGAGCGCUCAAGAAGCGCAGUCAGAGGAUCCGCGCUCCUACGCGCAGUCGCUGAAGACCGUCAUGCUCAACACUUUCCUCAUCAUGCUGAUUCCCCCCUCCGUGCUAAAAUUCCCCAUCUUCCCCAGCUGGUGCCGUCGCGCCGGUGAGGCCGUCGAGGACUUCAAGCAGCACAUGCUCAACAUGUUCAAUACAGAGAAAACGCUCCUCGACCAGGGCAAACCAGGCACCGGCACGCUGAUGUCGUCCUUCGUUCGCGAAUCCACCGUCGAUCCCAAGAGCAAUAAGACUGUUCUUACCCUCGACGAAAUCCUGGGCAAUAUCUACGUGAUCAACUUCGCUGGCCACGAUACAACAGCCGGCUCCCUUACCUACGUCCUAUUCUUGCUUGCCGCCUACCCCAAUAUCCAGGAAUGGAUCGCAGAGGAGAUCCGCACCGUCUUCCCCAACCCCGACCGCGACACAUGGGAUUACAAGGAAGCUUUCCCCCGACUAAAGCGGUGCCUCGCAGUAGUCGUAAGCACCCGGCCCAAUCCCCCCUUAUGA